CUACGACCUACGCUGCCUCGUUAAAAAUUAAGUUGGUUGCCCUGAUUCCGGGCUUUAAUCUGUAGCCAAGUUAAUGUCUAUGGAUGGCACAAAUCUGUGGUUGUUUUGUUUGCAAAUGAAGGCGGUUGAGUGGAAUUGGUUUUGAGAUUUGCAAAAAUAAUUUGAUUUAUUACUUUUUUAUUGUCACACUAAUACAUUUUGUAUCUACAAAAUGCCGAGUGAAAUGAUUACACUGCAGCUUGGCCAGUGUGGGAAUCAAAUUGGAUUUGAAUUCUGGAAGCAGCUCUGUAUUGAACAUGGUAUAUCUCCAGAAGGUAUAUUGGAAGAAUUCGCUUCUGCUGGGUCCGAUCGCAAGGAUGUGUUUUUCUAUCAAGCUGACGAUGACCAUUACAUACCAAGAGCAGUGUUACUUGACUUAGAACCUCGUGUUAUACAUACGAUAAUGAACUCUCCAUAUUCUAAGCUUUAUAAUCCAGAGAAUGUUUAUUUAUCAAAACAUGGAGGAGGAGCAGGGAACAAUUGGGCUUCUGGAUUUGCACAAGGAGAAAAGCUCAAUGAGGAAGUCUUUGACAUAAUAAAUAGGGAAGCAGAUGGAAGUGAUAACUUGGAGGGGUUUGUUUUGUGUCAUUCAAUAGCAGGAGGGACUGGUUCUGGCAUGGGAUCUUACAUUUUGGAGCAUCUGUCUGACAGAUUUCCAAAGAAACUUGUACAGACAUACAGCGUUUUUCCCAACUUGGAUGAAAUAAGUGAUGUUGUUGUACAGCCCUACAACUCGCUGUUGACUCUUAAAAGGCUGACUGAGAGUGCAGACUGUGUAAUGGUGUUGGAUAACACUGCACUCAACAGAAUUGCCAGUGAUCGUCUACAUAUCCAAAACCCUUCAUUUGCACAGAUUAAUACACUAGUUUCUACAAUUAUGAGUGCCAGUACUGCUACACUGAGGUAUCCUUCAUAUAUGAAUAAUGAUCUGAUAAGUUUGGUAGCACCUCUCAUUCCCACACCAAGACUCCACUUUCUCAUGACGGGAUAUACACCCCUUACUGCAGACCAUGAAUUAAAUACUGCACCCAAAAUACGCAAGACCACAGUUUUAGAUGUGAUGCAAAGGCUGCUACAACCAAAGAACAUGAUGGUCUCUUUAAGCCCUGAUCGAACAAAUCAACAUUGUUACAUAUCAAUAUUAAACAUAAUACAGGGAGAAGUGGAUCCGUCUCAGGUGCAUAAGUCACUCCAGCGUAUCAGAGAGCGUAAGCUAGCAUCGUUCAUACCCUGGGGCCCGGCCUCGAUCCAAGUGGCACUGUCAAGGCGUUCUCCAUACGUUCACGCCUCACACAAAGUUUCAGGCUUGCUGCUCGCAAAUCACACUAACAUAUCUUCGUUAUUUGAUAGAUGUCUGCAACAGUAUGACAAGCUGCGAAAACGUGAAGCCUUCUUAGAAGUAUUCCGCAAGGAGCCUAUGUUCAAGGAAUCCCUAGAAGAGUUCGACGAGUCUCGUAGUGUUGUCGACGAUUUGGUUCAAGAGUACCAGGCUGCCGCGACGCCAGACUAUGUGCAUUGGAAUCCGGAGAGCAGUCAAAUAUAACGAAUACUCUAAAUUGAGAGCACCAUGUAUAUACUAAAAUUACGAUAGAAGUGUUGGAGGAUUUAAACUCAAUACCCAUUGCAUUAAGUGCCAUUUUUAACUCUUAAUUAACAUAGGUAUUAUGUUUAUAUGUGUAAGAAAGUUGUAAUAAAAACGAUUUGCUUUUUAUCAAAGAAUUUAUUAAUUAAUCCGUAACCCUCCCGCAUCCUUUCAUUCUCUCCCUUACACAUACCACUCUCGCUAGGUGAACAUUUACAAUAAAUGGUGGUUUGUACAAUCUUUCAUCUGCUUAUUAAGUACUAGGCUCCACCUAAUGCCGUAAGUAAUACAAAAAUGAGGGAAUUUUGAUGAUCUUUCGGUCACUGCAAAAAAUGUAAAUAAUAAGCCUCAGGCACGUGUCCCACCGACAAGGAAGCGAUUAGCCAUCGACAUUGAUGGAAAAAUUUAAAAAAGAUAGUAUAUCUCGUCUCGUGUCUAUAAAAGGGACACCUAUUUCAUUAAUUAUCGCUAGCUGUUCAUACUGUUUGUUAGUUUGUCGUAGGAGCAACAGCUAUCAAAAAUUAUUCAGUGGAACAAGUUCCCAUGGGUGAGCUAUCAACAUCAAGCUACGCUCUAUUUAUGCUAUGUUUUACAGACAGCGACUGAAAGAAUUCAUUCAUGACAGGUUGUGUUCGUUAAGACUACUUCCUUCUGUUUGAUUAUUGGCUGUGCCCCUAUGGACUUUGCCAGGUUUAAAUUUUUUCCUUUUCCUUCUGCUCUUUUAAUAUGACCUUGAAAGUACAAUGUGUUUACAAUUUAAUUAAAAUUUUGGACUUGAAACAAUGAACAUGAGGUCUUAUCAAAACUUGAAUAUUGAUUAUUAAAACCACCACCAUUAGCUAAAGACAUAGAAAACUUAAUUUUACAAUAACUUUCAAACAAGUAGUACUAAAUGUCAGAAAAUACAACAUGUUUAAAUAUUGUCAACAUAAGGAACAGCUGUCACAAACACGUUUCAAUAGCUGCACUCAUAGUAAUCACAACACAGGCUCAGGUGAAGGCUGCUCAAGAGAUUCAAGUGCAGUAUGUGCACAAAAUAUCCUUUCUGGUAACUGCAUGUUGAUUGGUCACCCUUAAUUUUAGGCAUCACAUGUCAACUGAGGCAAUGCAAAAAUGUCUUUUAUCACAAUACCAUUAACAUUACAAACAUGAAAAAAUAAAAUUUCUUGAAGUAUACAUUUUUUUACAUAUUUACUGUAAUGAUUUUAUCAGAUGUAAUAAAGCAGUGCACUAAAAAGCAGAUUUAUCAUUUUAUAUAGUUACAAUUUUUUUAAGCAAUCUCAAGCUUUACAAUCUCUUUUGAGUUAGAAUAUAUACACAGUCAAUGGUUUAAACAAGAGUGAAUACCAGACAUAAGGCUGAAUUAUUAUGAACAUGAUUGAUAGAACUACAAUUUUUUUAAAGGUUAGGAUAAAGGUGUAGUAUUUUUAUAUCUCACAAACCCCCAUCCCUUUUAUAGCUAGCGAAAUAAUGAAUUAUAAGAAUAACAUAAUACACACAUUUUGAACAUGCAAUACUAUAUCUAAAUCUUUAUACAAUAACAGGUGUUCUUAAAAUAGUUUUUUUUUUAAUUUCAACAUAUUACUAAAAGUGUUCAUAGAAAUGAAUAGUGUCAUAAAUAUAAUGGGUUAGUAGGAAAUUGUGAUAUGAUAGUAGUAACUUAACAGGCAAUUAAUAUGCAACUAAAAAGGUGCUACUUGAAAAAUUAAAAAUAAUUCUCCUGUGCAAUGUAUAAGAGAAAUCAAGUAUGGAAUGAAUUGUUAGUCAUCAUUAACAAUUCAUUCAAACUUAAUUUCACUUGGCAUGGCAUGUGGCAUAUUGCCUACAGCAGAUAAGGCUAGGAGGUUUGACUUGAAGGCUGGAACUUGGGCUGGAUGAUAGAUGUUUUGCGCACUGGCACAGUCUCUGGAGUAGGUAUGGCAUCACCAGUAGGCAGUUUAGGGGGCACAGCAGGAGUUUUGAAUGGUGCUGCAAGAUUACCAGGCCUCUGCUUUGCCAUUUGAUAAUCACCAGAAUCAAAAAAUUUUUG